UAUAUAUUUAGUGUAAUACAGUGUUACGAAGCUUAUAUAUUUUUUGUAAAUUAAAAAAACUUUUUUCUUUCUUUUUCUUUUAUUCUCUCUUUUUCCUUGACAAUUUCGGAUGGCAGCUACUGUAAUAGAAAACUCUUGUCUUUUAUUAGACCAAAAAGUACUAGACAAACUUGAAAAUCCUCAGCAACUCAACCCUAUUCAACAUGAUUUAAUUUUACGUCCUUCAAAAUCAGAAGAUAGUAAAAAACCUCUCGUUAUUCACCCAGAAAAAUCAGCUUCUUUAUCUCUUGCCGAGCGAAGAAAGAAUCAGUCUAUCCCUGCAUCUCUUGUCGUCUCAAAUAAUACAGUAAGAGAAGAGCAAAUGAAAGAAGAAAAUAAGGUAUACCUGAUUAAACGGCUCGAGAAACAAAAUAGCCUACAAAAGUCAGAUCCCAAAUCAAUUCAGAUGGACACCAUGGUUACACCACUUCUCAGCAAAUUAACUGCGACUGAGCCUAUCUGGGAAAAGUUGAUACGGAAUGCAAACUCAAUCGAAACUAGAGUUGAAUUAUUCACGAGAUUACAGCAAGACAAUAUACCAGAUAACGUGCGUGGUAUCGUUUGGCAAGCCAUUUGUCAAACCUCUUCUUCAAGUCAUGCUGUAAUCUUGUACGAACAGCUUAAACAAGACGUUUCUCCUUUUCAUGCCAUGAUUGAACAUGAUGUUCAAGACAUGCCACACAAGGAAGCCAUCAUGCGUAUCUUGGAUGCCUAUAGUCUGUAUGAUGCUCGUGUAGGUUAUUAUCCUGGUAUGGCAAGUUUAGUAUCACCCGUUUUAGCACAAAUGUCAGAAAAUGAAGCCUUUGGCAUGUUUGUUCGACUGAUGGAAUUGUACGAUAUGCGUUCCUUGUACAUGUACAAUAUGGAAGGCCUUCAACUUUGCCUGCAUCAGUUCCAAACCGUCUUGUCACACACCUUGCCCAAGUUAGAUGCUCAUCUCUCUCAACUCGCUAUUCAGCCCUCCAUGUAUGCAUCUCAGUGGUACCUGACUUUAUUUACAACGUGUAUUUCAACUCAGCAGCAUAUCAUGCGUAUGUACGAUCUCACCCUCUUAGAAGGCGUCAACGAGACCGUCAGUCGUCUGGCCAUACUUCUCUUGCAAAAGAAUGAAGCACGCUUGCUAUCCAUGUCUGAACCUGACCAGGUCCUUCAAUGCCUUACAUCCACAGAUUUACAUGCCUAUGCUUAUCCUCACACUCAUGAUUUUGUUCAGGACAUCAUCGCCAUGAACCCUGUCCUACUCAAGAUGGACCUCGACCAAAAAGAAAAAAAGAACCUCACAGCACUUUCGAAAAGGAUGAUCAUGUCGGCUCAAACGACUGUUCCCAAGCUACAACAACAGAUUGAAGAUUUAGUCACAGCCAUGUCUCAGCUCCAAAAGGAACAUGCUGCACUUGCACAGAACAACAUGACACUUCGUAUGCGUGAAAUGGACCAAGAAGCUGCUCAGUCGAAACUCGCUAAACGCAAUGCAGUGCUUGAAAAGCGAGUCAAGAAAUACAAGGUCAAGUUAGCGAAUGCAAGUACGACUUCAGAAAGUGAUGAUACACAUGCUGUGCCUGCUCUUCCUCCUACAACAGAAAAGACACCAGAAAAACGCCAGGAUCAAUACCAUUCGUUUGUUGCUUCUUUGCGUGAUACGGGUGAUUUUGGUGCCUUGAUUGCGGGUGCCUUGACAGUACCUCCAGCUGAAGAACCCAAGACGGCCCAGUUAGCACAGACCCAAUUAUUAGAAGAGCUACAACAACAAGCCGAUCGAAAGAAGCUCGAUACAGCUUUACAAAAUGUCACUUCUGAACUAGUGGCCAUCAAGUUAGAUCAUUUUGAGACCAAGCAACGUUAUGAAACCCUUUACCAUCACUGUGAACAAUUGACUGCACAGAUCCAGUCAAUGCAAGAAUCUCAAAACGCACUUGUUCAAAAGAUCAUUUACCUUGAAAGCGAAUUGGACGAUGUCCAAGCAGAACGAGACCAAAUCUUGCAAGACCAAGAAGAAGUGCUUGAAGUUGCUAUGGUAGCCAAAAAGACAGCUGCUGAAUUGCAACUUGAGAAAUUGGCAUUAGCUAAAGACAUAGAACGAUUAGAACAAACCAUCAAGGACCUGGAAGAAGAGAAAAAAGCCUUCUUUAUGCCUCGAGGUACUUUUACGGAAGAAGUGUUUGCAGCUCACUCCAUCUUGUUUGGCGAGAACAAAUCGUCCGCCAAAGAACAAAACCGACGCCAUACGCUUCAAUUGGGUCUCAAGAACGAAGAUGAGUACAAGACUAAAUUUGUAGAAAGCGAAUUGCGUUGUCGUGAACUAGAGAAAUAUCUAGCAGAGACCAAGGUCAAAUUGGCCGAACUUGAAUCUGGCAGUACAAUGAGUCCUCGAGGCUCUAUGCAGCAACAACGCCGUGCUUCUGUUUAUAACAAGCGAAGUUCUGCUGCAUCGUUAUCCAUGUUGGCCAAUCGAAUGAGUACACCAACUUCACCACGUGAACGUAGAGGUUCCACUGAAAGUUAUGCUUCUUCUGUUACUUCCUUGACAUCCAUGAACAGUAGUAAUUAUAACAGCAAAAGGUCAAGUGUUUAUUCAAGAAUCUGGAAUACCUUUGGUUCACCUACUACUCCUGUUAACCCUGUUGCUUCAGUCAAUAUAAAGAACGAUAUCAUGUGUGAAGAACCACAGAUCAUUCAGCAACAAACGACAUUGUAAUACCCCCCUCCCUUUCUAUCUUAUUAAUAAACUGAUAUUUCCCAUGAAAAAAAUGACCAUUAUUGACAUGUGAAAGGCUUUUUUUCACAUCAAUAAAAUAUUGAGGAAAAAACUAAGACCUGUAUGUGUAUGGCAGUGAUG